UGAAGGGGUUCACGGGGGGCGAAGUAGAACCGGUCAUGGCCGCUGCGGAGGAGGAGGACGGGGGCCCCGAAGGGCCAAAUCGAGCGCGGGGCGGGGCGGGCGCGACCUUCGAAUGUAAUAUAUGUCUGGAGACCGCUCGGGAAGCUGUGGUCAGCGUGUGUGGCCACUUGUACUGUUGGCCCUGCCUUCAUCAGUGGCUGGAGACACGGCCGGAGCGGCAAGAGUGCCCAGUCUGCAAAGCUGGGAUCAGCAGAGAGAAGGUGGUCCCACUUUACGGGCGAGGGAGCCAGAAGCCCCAGGAUCCCAGAUUGAAAACCCCACCCCGCCCCCAGGGCCAGCGACCUGCUCCUGAGAGCAGAGGGGGGUUCCAGCCGUUCGGUGAUGCUGGGGGUUUUCACUUCUCGUUCGGUGUCGGUGCUUUUCCGUUUGGCUUCUUCACCACCGUCUUCAACACCCAUGAGCCUCUCCGUCGAGGCACAGGUGUGGAUCUGGGACAGGGCCACCCGGCCUCCAGCUGGCAGGAUUCCCUCUUCCUGUUUCUCGCCAUCUUCUUCUUUUUCUGGCUCCUCAGUAUUUGAGCUGUGUCUCCUUCCUGCCCACCUCCAGCCCGAGGAAAACCAGUAUUGGGGUCCCAGCUGACCCUCCUGACUCUUGACCCUUCUUCCCUAACUCCUCCACUUCUGAGGCCGUCGGGCCCUAUCGAUCACCCUCUAGGAGGGUGCAGGGUGGAGCAGUGGCCAUCUGGACACCGGGUGAGAAAGCCUCCUGUGAACUGCUCGCUCAGGGGGCACCCCAACCCCAGCCCUGACUUAGGGUGACAGACUGAAGAGAAUGUCCUUCUCUUCUCCUAACACUUUGCUUUCCCCCCAGAUUUCUAAUUUGAGGCGGAAAGGUGGGCAAGGCUCCUUCUGACUCCCUUGUUGACUUAAUUUAAUUUUUCUCUCCCCGCCAGUGUCUAGUAUGUAUUUUGAUUUUCAAGUGCUUCCGCCCACGUACAACCUCCUUUAUUACAAAUCCAGUAAUAAUAAUAAUAAUAAUAAAUGUGAAAAGUUCUGAUGGA